GAAGAAAAAGGAAGAGAAAUUGAAGAAGAUGAAGAUGAAGAAAGCCAGAAAAUGGAAGAAGAAGAGAAAGAAGAAGAAUCAAACUCCAGGCAAAAUUAUAUCCCCAAAGGGGGUUGGCCUAUGAGAACCAGAACUUGGCCAGAUGGUAGAAGACUUGGCUUUGAUGGACUCAAAAAAUGGCAAAAAUUGAGGCCUAAAAUUAUCCAACAAGAAGAUAAAAUUAAAGAAAAAACAAAACAAACAAAAACAACUAAAACUUUUAAAAGUUCCCCUUACACGCCUUCAACUGCCUCUACUAAAAUCACUCUUAAAACAACAGAAAUGCCUUUACAACGUUUUACGGUCGAUCCGGGUAUUAAGCCUGGACUGCAUUUUACUUUCGGUAAUCAUACAUAUAAAUGAAUAUUACUGCAAAAUUAAUACAAAAAUUAUUAAAAAGUUCAAAGUCUAUUAGAAUAACUUCUUGACUAAAUUAGCCUAGCAUAUUUUCUUGAAUAAUUACCCUGGGUAAUUAUUUUAUUAACUUAUCUCCAGGGAGGGAUAAUUAAUCAAGGGAGGGCAAUCAUUCGAGUUUUGUCAUUUGAACGGGGGAGGCGGGGAAUCCUGAUAAAUCUCCUAAUGAGGAUACACUAGUGAAGGUACUUAAUGGGGUUAGUAUGGAUAAUUAAUCGAGAAAAUACGGUAGAAGGGGCCAUAUAGGUUGCUUCUCUCCAGAGAUAAAAUAAAAGGAAAUGUUAGCAUAAAUAUUAGAAAAUAAGUCUUUAGUAAGGGGAGAUCGAAUUAGUAUUAUAGGA